AUGCUGUCUGUUCGCUUCGAGCUCGCGACUUCGCUGCCCGACGGUGGCGUGUCGCGAGAAGAGGCGUGCCACGACUCCUUUUCUGCGCAGGGAAAGGCUCGUCUCUCGGGCUCGAGGCGAGAACUCACGGGGGACGGACCGGCAGGAAAAGGAGAGAAACGCACCCGCGAAACCGACGCCUGCGCGACCGAGGCGACCGCCGUCGAAAAGCAAAGCGAAGGCUCGGCCAAGCGGCAGCGACUCUGUGUGGUUUCGAGACCGCAGAGACCGCCUGCUAUGGCCGACACCGGGGAAGGAAGUUCGCUUCUUCGCCUUCUUUUUAGACGCAAGUUCACGCUGCACUCGGGGAACGAAUCAGGCACAACAGCCGCGCGAAGAGACACCGAACCGGCUGAGACCGAGACACGCAGUUGGAGGCUCUCAGACCUCACGGAUGCAGAAAACGUGAGAGAGGCAGACGCUCUUUCUCCUGACAGAGGACACGACGGGAUCCAGGGCGUUGCGCCCACCUCCGCUGCUUUCCCAGAGAGGGUGAACUCGCGCGAAUCGUUCCGGAACCUUCUCGCUUCUUGGGCGUCUCUGGCGUGCCAUGCUCCGCGGUGGUGUGGCUCUAGGCGGCGCGCGAGCUCCGAAAAAAGCCCGCGGUCUCCAUCGUCCCGUGCCUCUGUGCAGGCCUCCGCCUCUGCCUCGACUGGAUGCCGCGGAAGACCCGCGAGACUCUCGGAGCCGUCUUCUUCGCAGCAGCGCGAACUGCAACUCAGAGGCCUGACUGCUGACGGCAGCGGACUUGGGCGCAGCGAACAGCAGAGCUCCGUCCGCGAGAUCAACGCGUCUCUCUUCCUGGACGAGGACAGCCAGGAGGAAGGUGUCGAACCCGCCGUCGCAGCAGGGCGGCGAGGGCAGGUUCAAUCUUCCACACGCCCCCGCGACUCCCAGCCUGUUGUUCGCGACGCUCUCCCUGUGGAAGGCCUGCCUGUGGGCCUUCCCCAGCUGCUUGUCCUUCUCUCCAUCAGCGGAUCAGGCGCGGCCUCUCUCCACCUCGUGGUCCUUCCCACCUGCGCUGUCGUGCUGUCUUUCCCACUCCCCGCCACCGCUUCGCCGCCUUCCUCUUCGCCGCCUUCCUCUUCACCGCCUUCCUCUUCGCCGCCCUCCAGAGACUGGGCCGCGCGUGACCCAGUGUGGAGCCCGUGCCGCGCGGCGGGGAAGAAAGGAGACAGAACGUGCUGGGAAGAGACGUACACGGAAUACCUCGCACAGCUAGACGGCGACGACCGGGACGAACAGCAUAAACUGGCAGGCGCCGCUGCUGUCUUCGAUGAAGAGACCCAUGAAAUUCUUUUGACGAUCGCCACGUGCCGAGCCGGCGUCUUCGUCUUCUCCAGCCGUCCUGCUUCUUCCUCGACCUCGGGCGCGCCCUCCCCGUGUUUGUGCUUUUCUCCGGUUCUGUGUUUGCUGCCUCGACCGCAUGCAUGCGCAGCACUCGCCCCGGAAGGAAAGAAAGGGAGCGUGGAUUCGACGUCGAGCGCCGAAGGAGAUCCACUGGCUGCCUCGGAGGACACCCCCCGGUAUCUUCUUCUGGCGAGCAUUCCCCGAGUGCCGAGCAGCUGCGUUCGGGUCUCUUCUGUGUCGGCGUGCUCGAAUGCGGCUGAACGGGCGCGUCUCUCGCUGCUGGGAAGAAAUCUCGGCGCGGAGACCCGCGACGCUUCGGUUUCGCAGGGGAAAUCCGUGGGUUCGUUCUUCCUGUCGACUGCCCUCACGUGCCGAAACGCGUUCUGCGCCGCCUGGAAACCUCUUGUGCUGUACAUCCACCCUGCGGCCUGGCGCGUCGCCGGUUCUUCGCCCCGUACGGGUUUGGCCUCCACUCUUGGCACGCCGGAACACGAAAGAAGCGCAGACGCGCCGACAGAGGGAGAGAGGAAAACCGAGCGCGAAGAGACGAGACAGUUCGUCGUCGCCCCGCUCUGGGCCCCAACAGCCAGGACGCCCGGCACUCCGUCGAGCCGCGAGAUUCCCGGCAAGAGUCGCGAGGAGACCGCCGACUCAGGCCUUCCGAUGGCUGUCCCUGCAUGCGCCACGGAGCUUCACGAGGCGCUCGGCACGCUCGCGGGAGCGGCUGGGCGUGGUCUCGCGGUGAGUCACAUCCUCGCCGCCAUUCCGUACAUUCCGUUCGCCGCGCACGGCUCGCCGUCUAGUUCUCCAGCGGCGCAGGCGUCGGCUCUGCGCUCAGCAGACGCGCGGGUGUUGGCCGCUCUCGCGGAGCGGCAGGCGAGCGUUGAGCUGGCCCCUCAACGGUGCCUGGAGUACGGCCUGUGGCUAGUUGGGCGCUGCGCGGAUGGUCGGCUGGCUGUGUUGCAUGCGUUUGUCGUGCGGAACAUCUCUGUCUCGGUUCGACAAAGGCGUCUUGGGAGCCUCGCCGCCUCGCCCGCUGCGGACCAGGAGCGGAAAAAGAAGCGCGCGCCGCACUGGAGCUGCGGGUUUUGCCGCCGGACCUCGGCUGCUUCCGGGGUGUACUUACACCCCGAGGUCCAGCUCGUCAGCAGUCUGGGCAGCUUCGUGUGCGACGGCUGCCGCGCGGCAGAAGUGGUCUACGUGUCGGGGCUGCAGCCGCCAGCCUGGCAGCGCGUCGGCGAGCCGGGAGCCUCGAUGGUCUCCGCGCAUGUCUGUGCCGAAACGCAUGCACUCGCACUCGUGUGGCUGCCUCGGCCCGAGUGCAUGCGGACCCUCCUGUGUCUCCAGGACAAUGUUUUCGGAGAGCCGCUGGAGGGCCGGGGCGCGUCGCGGCGCCUUCAACCCUCGUUCCAUAUGGCGCUCUUCCCCGUCCCGCUUGCCUGCUUGCGAAGCGAGAGUCGAGGUGCGCGAGGAAAGUUCUCGACGCUUCAGCGAGAAGACGCCAGUGCAGCCGCGGCGACGGGGGCAGAGGACGGCGCAGAGGAAGAGAAACGCAUCGAAGCCGACUCUGCGAGACACGCGAGGUGGAUCCGUGGGAAAGCUGCUGCGGCAGGUUCGCCAGGAAUUGUCGCGGGCGUCGAUCUGUCGGCGCUUCUGACUCGGCAGUCGCCUCUGUGCUUCCCAGCGGUUGCCGUAGAGGAGAAAACAGGCGCCGAGAAGAAGGACAGGAAGCGUGCAGCGAGGCGAGAAGUGGCGACAGAUGAACGCGACAGAGGGAAGGUCGCGGGCGAGGCAGAUGAGGAGAGCGAAGGAGAGGAGCCGGAUCCCCGCAGGGACUUGUCUCUUGCGAGAGGCGAAGCAGGCGAAUCCAAAGAAAUAGAAGCCAUUCUGUGGGGUCUCCUUCAGCCUCUCACUCCUGGCGAACUUCGCAUGAAGAGUCAAGUGGGGGGACAGGCGCUGCGCGCGAUCGCACAAAGCGCUGCGUCCGUCUCGCCACCGAGCUUCUUGCCGUCUCUCGCCUCUGCUGCGUCUCCAGUGCCAGCAUCGCUGCGAUUCCUCAGCUUUACGUACACCCCGCCGAGUGCGGCGACGGCGCUGCUUCCGGUUCCUCAACCUCCGGAACAAAACGGCGCCGGAAAGGAGACGUUUCAGUCUCCUGUUCGCGACGACGGCGAGAGCCCGCACGAAGGAGUAACGAGGGCGGCCGCCCGAGCCUCGAAAGCAGACGAUUCGUUUUCUGCCGUCUCACCUCGCCUCUUCGCUCUGCCCGACAACCCCGGAUGGCUUCGGUGCUUCUCGUUUACGUUCGCCCUCCUGGGCGUGUGUGGGGACCAUGCUCGAACCCCCGCGCCCCCGCCGUCUGAUCUUUCUUUGCCGCUUUCUCCUGCGUCCGCGUCUUCCUCUUCUUCAGCCCGUUCUUGGCCCUUCCAAGACACCUGCGGAGUACAUACACCGCGGUCAGUCAUUGGCCACGAAUGCGAGAGCGACGCAGACAGCAGAGCGUCGGCGGCCCCCGAUGAGCAUGGCCGGGGCGCGCCAUCGGUACACCUUGAGAGGCAGCAUGGAGGGCGUGCGCGAGAAAGCGAAGAGUUCUGCCUGCGCGACGCUGCGAAUCCCGCGAUCGACAUAGAGACCGAGUCUGGAGACAGUACGGGAAGGCCUUUUUGCGCCUCCCCGAGCCUUGUCAGCGUCUCUUCAGAUUCGUGGGAAGGGGACUCCGAGACGAACAACGAAGAGAGCGGACGGCAGAGCCCGCGCAGCAGAGCCACGCUGUGGGGUACGUACACUCGAGGGUGCGAGAAGGCGCACAGACACCGGACGGCCGUGAUGGGGGAGGACGACGGCGGCACGGAAGGAGUCGGAAAAGCAGGGGAAAGCCUUCUUGUCGCCCUCGUUCUGCAUGCAGAGGCGGAAGAACUGGCAGUGCGUCAAGGCCUCGAAAGACGUGCUCUCGACAUCUUCACAACUCCGGCCGUCUACUGUCGUCCCCUUCAGUGUCUCGGCCUCCUUCCGGUGCACAUACGACCGAGCCAUCCCCUGGUGGCUUUUGAUGUGCUGGCCACCAAGGGCGCGGUCACGCUGCUUCCUCGCGAACGCGGAGGUCCCUUUUCGACGCACGCUUUUGACGGCGAAAAUGCAUAUCAGGUGUUCGAGUUUGGCGUUCAAGAACCGGAGACAGUGCGGCCCGCUGACGCGUUCGGAAGCCAGCCGGAGACACGCGCCACCGCGUGCUGCAAGUCGCCUUGUCCCGCCCCUCUGUCGACUGGUUCGGCCUCGGCUGCUGGCCAGAGCGACCGCAUUCAAGUGUACAUCCACCCCACAGACCAGAGACUCCUCCACGCUCUGCUUCAGGUGUACGUACACCGGGGAGAGGCGGCUGCUCUCCAGCGUGUCCUCCUGGCUCCAGCUGCAGCGGGCAAGAGACGCCUCGGCAAAACGGCGCCGCGUCGCUCGAGUGUCUCAGAGUCCGCGGGCCCCCGGGCGGAGGCGUGGGCCUUCAGUGACGCCUUUGUUCUCCUCGUUGCAUCUUGGGCGCUUUCGGAGCUCGACGCGCUUCUCCUGCUUGACGCAGUCCCGCUUGGUGUCACGGUCUCUUCCUCGCCCUCGUCGUCGUUUCCUGUUCUCCCCGACUUGCUCGAAGCGGCGCUGAGGACUGUCGACCUUGCGGAGGCGCGUCGAGAGGCCUCUGGGGCAGCACGUUUGGAGACUGCGAAGCGUUUCUCGGCGCGUGUCGCAGCUCACUUGGCUUCUCAUGCGAGCGGCGCAGUCCGCGCCUCCACGUCUCAAAAAGAGGCUGCAUGCGCCACUCGCAAGGCAACCGAGAGAGACACCAAGGCCUGGGCGUGGUGGCGGCUCAUGAAUCCGAAGCAGCUCUGUUUGCUCCGGGGCUUGGAGGCCGUUCUGAGUGCGUGUUUGAUUCGCCUCACUGACAUGGUCUCCGCUUCCUCUGCGCCUCUUCUUCUUUCGUCGACUGCGCCGUGUCUCUCUUGGCCUCGACAACCGAGUUUCGCCGACUCGUCUACCGCCACAUCUCCCUCGACUUCUACCUUUGCGACCCCUCUCCCUUCGCCUGUAUGGUCUCCCUCUUCCUCUUUCGCUUGUUCUUCCCAUGCCACACGUUCUUCCUCGUCUGUUCCGGGUUCUUCGAAGGCUGCGGCUGGGUCUGUGCUCGAUUCGUCGGCGCUUCCUUCCUCGUGCGCGCAAGGCGCUGGCGAAUCUCAAGGCGAGAGGCCUGUUGGAGACACGCAGCGCAGGAACGCUGCAGACGACGCAGCCCUGGAAGGCGUUGUUCCUCUGCCUGCACUGAGUGCCUUCUUUCGACGCACGGUCUCCGCCCUCGCUCUGCUGCAUGCAGUCUUCUGGUGGGCUAGCCGGAGUCCCUGCCCCGAAGGCCUGGUCGCGGGCGAGGCAGAUUCAGACACCUGGACAGUUGCCUCGCGCGCGUCUCCGCGUCGCCCCGCGGGGAAGUCGAGCAGCCGGAAGGAGACAGGUCGAGGGACGGGCUGGCGAGACUCCCGAGGCGCCGCACACGCAAGCUCCAGCCGGACUGGCGAGGCAGAGCAGGCCGAGAAAGGGAAGCGGCCGUGGGGCGAGAUCUGCGUCGAGAGGCGAGACAGAAGCGCGCGCCUCGAUGCAGAUCUCGCCUCAGCCGUGCACCACCUGCUCGGCCUCUCGCGCUUUCUCGCCCUCGUCAGCGGCGACCGGGAGUCGCACGAGGAAGGCGAGGCUGAAGCGUUGCGUUCAGUUCCGUCUUUUCUGCAGCCGCUCUGGCUUCUGGCGUGGCCUUUCGAGAUGCGAAAGACGAACCGAUCGACUCGCAAGCGCGAAAGCCCGCCACGCGACGCGCACAAGAAACACUUGGGCGACCCGACUCCCCGAGAAACUGCCGGCGAGGCACGGCCGUCAGAAGAAGAUCUUCGAGGGUGUCGCGAGGGUGUUUUCCGCUAUCUCUUUGCGUCUCUGGCGUGCAGCAAGGCAUCGGCCUUGGGGGACAGUCCUCUUCUUGCCGCUUGCAGUGUUUUGAAGCGAGAACCGCGAGCACUGGCGCGGGGCCGGGUUCACGUGUCGAGAGAACCCUCGGAGGACCGUUCCUGCGAAGGUGCGGAUUCUCGGGAGUCGCACGCUCUCGCCGCGUUGCCUGUUUCUCCUUGCGAUCUGACUCUGGAUGCAUGCACGCGACUGCAGUUCGUCGACCUCCUGAAAGAGGUGGUGUUUGGGACCGACGCCGACGGGGAAGACCGCGGAGACGAUGCGGCGAGCGACGACCGCGUCUCUCUCCUGCGGGACGCGCAGAGACUCUUCUUCCCUGCGACGUUGCAUCUGCUCGGGGCGCUACCGCGGCGGGGCCUUCUGGGGCGGAGACAGCUAGGAACGUGUGGGGCGACGCCAACACAACCGAGAGAAGAGGAAGAAGAGGAAGAAGAAGAGAAGGAAGAGAAGGAAGCGAGAGCAGAGAAAGAAGAGAAGGAAGAGAAAGAAGAAGAGGAAGAAGAGAGAGAGGGGGCAGGCGUCUUUGAGAUUCUUGCUCUUCUCUGUAAUUCGCUCCUCUACUUCCAGCAGGCUAUCAAUCUUUAUUCCUGGGUCUGCAGGCGAGCGACUCGUUGUUCGGUUUCUUCCGCGUCCGCGUUUCCUUCUUCUUCCCCCCCUCUCGUUAACGUUAUCCUCUCCUACCUCCUUCUUCUCUCCAGCGAGGCGUCGAGGGUUGCUCUGGCCACGUCACACAUUCCGCUCUCGGCCAUGUCUUUGUCUCGUCUCUCCUCUCCCCUGUCUUCGGACCCGUCCCCGCUUCGCCCUCUUUCUUCUCCUUCGCGACCGUCCGCUUCUUCUCCGUCCUCUCCCUCUGCUUCCGCAUCGCCUGUGUCUUCGCCCUCCUCGCUUUCCUCUUCUCUUUCCUCUUCUGUUCGUUCGUGUGCCUCUGUGCGACGACUUCAAGGCCUUCGCACGCUGGCUGUGAAAAAGGCGGGCGUUGCGGCCGAGAAGACGGGAAGAAGUUUGUGGGAAAAGAACGAGAGAACCGUGGAGAGCCUGCUCGCCAAUGCGCAACUCCGGCGGGCUGUCCGAUGCAGCGUCCUCGCCGACUUGCUGGCGGCGUCACCGUUUCUCCUGCCCAAGGAGCCCACGCAGCGCAGAACGCCUGUCUUCUCACUCUCGUCGGCCUCUCAGCGCCUCCCCGCGUCUCACCACCUGCGGGCGGAGUUCAAGCCCCGACACCGCGACGCGGAAGAGGCGCAAAAGGACACAAAAGACGCUGGAAAAAGGCGAGAAGAACGCGCAGACAAGGAAGAGGAGGACGCGAGGUCCUUACUGCACGGCAGAGAUGUUGUCAGGCUUCACGUUCUUCUCUCGCGCCUUGAGAACGAAACGGAAGCAGAGAUGUGUGAACGUGCAAGCGGCCGUUUCGCGCGAUCUGUCUACCCCGAAGGAAGCGGAGCGUCUCGGCGAACAAAGUCCCUUGGCGCCUUCCCCAACACCCUUUCUGCCCUCGCCCAGCUCGGCGCCCUGUUCGUUUCGUUCUCUCCGACGCCGCACGCCCCCGCCGACGAAGCGCCUUGUCGCUCUUCUCUUGUCGCUACCCACAAGCAUGUCUCCGAGAGGCCUGUCUCUUUUACCGAACUGGUGCGUGUGUGUCGCGUUCGCGCGCUGUCGCACCUCAAGGGAAUUCUUCUGUCUCUCCUCUCUGUCCUCGACUCCGAGCAGUCUCUGUUGUCUCUGUCGGCUGCGCCGAGCUUCUUCCCCCUCGUCGCUGUCCCUCACCUCCCCGCCGUCUCUUCUCUCUUCUUCCUCUCGCCCGUCUCCGCCGCCAGCGUCGCAGGAGACUCCCUUCUGCCGUCGCCCUUUGCGGCGUUCUCUGGGGCGCGUCUCUCCACGAGCGCAGCCGAGGCGGUGCGCGACGCAAACCUGCGGCAGGCUGCAACCCUCUCGCUCCUCCUGGCGCUCCGUGUCCCCGCGAUGGCGACGGCGAGGACCGUCCUCUCAUGUCUCUCUUCGUUGUGGGGCAGCCCCGUCUUUUCCGGAAACGCCUUGUCUGUGGCGGUCGAGGGAGCGAAGGAGCAAACCGCGGGACAAAGCGCACACACAACGCAGAGGCAAAAGGCAGGGCACGAGACCUGGCCCGCGUUCCUGCGUGCGCUCCUCCUCGGAUGUCUGUAUACCGGAACCUUCCCGGCGCUCUUGCGCCACUGCGUCGGCGACAGAACCGCCGCAGUUCCGCUUCCCGUCGUUUUCGCGGUCCUCCUCGAACUUGUGCGCAACGCGCUUCGCCCCCAGGCGCCGCUCGACGCUUCUUGCCCGGACGAUUCGGGAGGCGCGUUCUGCCGCAGAAAUCCGGCCUCCACCAGCGCGCGCAAAGACAGCCCGAACGCUCAGAGUUUCGCUGCCUCGUGUGUCCCGCGACCCACGUCGCCUGGCGUUUUUCCCCCCGUCCAAGACAAAGCGGAGGAACGCCUCGUCCUCGCUGCCGCACGGGCUGUGAUGGAAAUGCUAGUCUUUUGCGCAACCUACACGCGGAACCCGACGGCGCAGCAGGCGGAACUUCUAUGUGCGUCUCCGUGUGGCGUGGCGCUCUUCGCCGAGAACGGCCUCGAAGAAAAGAGCGAGAACGAAAACGUCUUCAUCCGGGCGGGGGAGGCCUUCCUCAAGAACGUGCUUCGCGCGCGAAUCCUCCCGGAGAACGCCGUCCAUUCGCUGCGUCGUCUCUUGAGCGCGUCGUGA